CGGCAGCGGCCCGGCCCCGCCAGCUCCCGGCGCCGUGUGGGCAGGCGUGAGGUGGUGAGCCCAGUGCGGCUUUCGCCGGUCCUUCGCUUAGUUCUGACGAACUUGGCGCCUUCCCGGGCUCAGCCGAUACCGUCGUUACCGUCAAGCACUGCUGGCGCCCCGCGGCAGCUCCACCCUCACAGUUCUCAGAAGUUUGUUGUCUCUAAACUUUAGAAAUGGUGCUGAACUGGCACUGGUCUUAACGAAGGACUUUCGUUUGGCCUGUGAUACACGAAAAGUUAUUUUAGUUGCGAUAAAAAUAAGCGUAGUCUUUUCGUCUGUAAGUUUCUCAGGCAUGGUACAAUCCCCGUUGUUUCUGGAGACUUUUUUUUCUGUCAAUUCUCCGUGAAAGCAUAAGAACAUAUAACAAUACGAGGAAUUUUCAGAAGAGGCAAAGCUGACCUACUGAGAAACAGGAAGGUGGUAUAGCAGAGACAUCCCAGAUAAGAAGAGGUCAGUUAAAAAAGGAUAAGCAUACGCUGACUGAGAAGCUGGGCUGAACAAUUGUGGAAGCACUGGAUUUUGGAAGCCUACAAGUAGUUGGUACAACCAUGGAGAACAGAGCUGCAAAUGUCAGCUACCAUUAAUGUUGAAUACAUGUUUGGCAUCGUUGGUAUUCCAGUCACUGAAAUUGCAAUUGCAGCCCAAGCAGUUGGAAUAAAAUAUGUAGGAAUGAGAAACGAACAAGCCGCCUGUUAUGCUGCAUCUGCUGUUGGAUAUUUGACUGGCAGACCAGGAGUAUGUCUUGUAGUGUCUGGUCCAGGUUUUCUGCAUGCCCUUGGUGGGAUGGCAAAUGCAACCAUGAACUGUUGGCCUUUGAUUGUUAUAGGAGGCUCUUCUGACAGAAAUCAGGAAACCAUGGGAGCUUUCCAGGAAUUCCCACAGGUUGAAGCUGGUAGGCUGUACAACAAACUGUCUGUCCGUCCAAGCAGCCUAGAAGUUAUUCCUGCCAUUAUUGAAAAGGCUGUAAGAACCAGCAUAUAUGGUCGUCCAGGUUCCUGCUAUAUUGACAUACCUGGGGAUUUUGUGAAUCUUCAGGUGAAUAAGAGAUCUGUCAAGUACGUGGAAUGCUGCCUGCCGCCUCCUAUCAGCACGGCUGAACAUUCUGCUGUAUCCAAAGCAGCGUCUAUCAUUGCUCAUUCCAAGCAGCCUCUGCUAAUCAUUGGAAAAGGUGCUGCUUAUUCACAUGCAGAAAACAACAUCAGAAAGUUGGUGGACCUCUGUGGAUUGCCUUUUUUGCCUACACCAAUGGCAAAAGGAGUAGUUCCUGAUAACCAUCCAAAUUGUGUAGCUGCAGCAAGAUCAACGGCAUUACAGCAUGCUGAUGUAAUCAUCUUGCUUGGUGCAAGGUUGAAUUGGAUUUUGCAUUUUGGUCUUCCACCAAGGUUUCGACAUGAUGUAAAGGUUAUUCAGAUCGAUAUUUGUGCGGAAGAGCUGGGGAAUAAUGUGAGGCCAGCUGCAAUUUUAUUAGGUGACAUAAGCGCUGUGACUAAGCAGCUCUUAGAAGAAUUCAGCAAAAGACCAUUGAAAUAUCCUUCUAAUUCGGAGUGGUGGAAGAGGCUAAGAGACAAAAUAACGUACAAUGAGGAAAGAUCAAAGGGAUUAGCAUUACAGAAAUCCCUGCCAAUGAAUUAUUACACAGUCUUUCAUCACAUCAGAGAACUGAUACCCAAGGACUGCAUCUUAGUAAGUGAGGGAGCAAACACCAUGGACAUUGGACGAACUAUGGUUCCAAAUUAUUAUCCCCGUCAAAGGCUUGAUGCAGGGACCUUUGGAACGAUGGGAGUUGGGCUGGGUUUUGCUAUAGCAGCUGCAAUGGUAGCUAAAGACCGAACACCUGAAAAGCGAGUCAUCUGCAUAGAAGGAGAUAGUGCUUUUGGAUUUUCUGGGAUGGAGGUGGAGACUAUUUGCAGAUACAACUUGCCAAUCCUGAUUAUUGUAGUAAACAACAAUGGGAUUUACACUGGUUUGGAUGCAGAUUCCUGGAAGGAGGUGCUAAAGUUUGGAGAUCCUGCUACAUGUGUACCUCCUGUUUCUCUCCUGCCAAAUUCACACUAUGAGAAAAUCAUGUCUGCCUUUGGAGGUAAAGGAUACUUUGUUAAAACACCAGAAGAAUUGCAAAAUGCUCUGAAAGCAAGUGUGGCUGACAAGCAAACACCUUCACUUAUAAAUGUAAUGAUUGAUCCACAGUCUGAGAGAAAGAAACAGGAAUUUCCCUGGCUGACUCGUUCUAACCUGUAGUAGAUGAAGAUGGUGGUGGUGCAAGGCAGGGCACUAAGCAAAACUAAAUUGGUUUCCAGAAGUGGUACUGGUACAAGUCUUAUUUUACGUAAGCAUUGAAACAGAGUGGGAUUGUAGAACUGCUAUUAGAGGAAUCUUUAAAUGCUGAAAUUAAGUAAUUGUAAAAUUAGAAAGAUACAUGAAUGUACACCAGGCCUUCUAGCAGAUUCUACAGAAACACUGAUGAUAAAAUAUACUUUUACUCAGUCACACCCAUCAGGACCUGUGAAUUAAAAUCUUGGAUGUUCUGGAGUCAGGGUUUUAUGCUGACUGAAACAGGAAUUUUUGGCAGUCUGCAAUUAUAGUAGCUUCAUUUUUAACUGACCACCAGCAUACUACUUGUUAGAGACUGUCCUGUAAGGACCAAAACAAAGCAUCUUGUGAAAAACUGCUGAUUGGACUUAUUAUGCAUUGAAGCCUACUGGGUUGAUAAAUGCUUCAUAAUUUUAUAGGUUGCUUUUCCAGCUUCUCCUGCAGGUAGAAGUAGUGUAUUAAAAAUGCAAUCUUACUCAAGGGCUGAGUUUUUGUCUAUUUCAUUUGGUAUUGUUAACUGGGACUUAUGGUGCUUGUAGGAAAAAAGUCUUAGAUUUUUGUUUGAAGCUUUGUUCUUUGCAAAGGCACUAUCAUCACUGUAGGCUGGAAACAGGACUGGAUUUUUUAGUGAGAUUUUCAGGAUUAAUAGAUCAUAAAUCUUUAUAAUCAGAAGCAUUUAAAAAAAAUUUAAAACCCCUCAAAACAAAAUCAAAAAAAACCCUCAACAGAA